CGGCCGGCGGGUGAAGGUCUCGCCAUGGGGGCUCGCGACACUCACUCACUGCUCACCAGUUUUUGUUUUAAAAUGUGAAUGGUGCAAACGGCAUGAUGAUAUGCCACGUUCCUCUCCUGGUGACGUCCAUGAUCAUGAUCUCGGCCACUCUGUCCAUUAUUUGUGUCUUCUUGUUCAAGCCGGAAGCGCGGUAACGUCCACAGAUCCGUCUGCCCGACGCGCCGUGCGACGAGACGAACCCCUGCCCCGACAACAAGCGGUGCUGCGAGGGCGGCUGCUGCCGGCUCGACCUGCCCCGAGCCAUGACCUGGAUGUCGGACUACACCUGGCUGGAUAACUGGCGCCUAUUCCUGAUCUUCGCGUCAGCCGGCAUAGUAGCAGCAUGCGGCGCGUGGUGGCUGUGCGCGGCGGGCGGGCACCUGGGCUGCGUGCUGGCGUGCUGCGUGCGCCGCGCCGCCUCGGAGCGCGACUCGGCCGGCUCGUGCUGCGCGCCGCCGCACUACUCGCGCUGCAGCUCCUUCCAUCUCAACCCGCCGCCUUAUUCUGAGGUGACGUCGAAGCCCGACCUCUACCCGCUGGUGAUCACGUGCGGCAACGAGGGAGACAACAAGAGCGCGACGGGCGGCAACUAUCUCAUGGUGCACUACUUCAGGAACUACGUCAUUCGGGCUCCAGGUUCUCUCUCAGCGACGAGUACUGCAGAAUCUCUCAACUCAAGUUUCAUGUGCAACGCAGCAAAUGAGACAAAUACCGUGGUCCCGCCUCCGUACUCGUGCGCUAACAGCUACGCCGAGUGGCGCGGGCCGGCUCUGCGCGCGGCGCCGCUGAGCGCCCCCCCCCGCGCGCUCGUCAACAACGACCUCUCCCCCGACGAGACCCUCGCGUCCGCCAACCACCGCGCUAUGGUGCGGGACUCAACCUUCGACCUCGACCUGGAGCUGAUGGACUUCGACGUGUACGACGGCGGGCGCAAGCCGCGGCUGGGCCCCUCCCCCCCCGUGCCGCGCUCCCCCUCUCACGACGAGGUGUUCGAGCACGAGCACGAGCGGCUGCGGCACCUGUACCAUUGCCCGUGCCCGUCGCCCGACGCCGCCGCCUGCCAGUCGCCGCCGCAGCCCACCAGCCCCACGCAGAUGUCAAGAGACGGAUCGCUACAGAGGAACUACAGGAGGGGAGACGCCGCGCGCCGCGCCGCCGCCCGCGUCCGCAAGUCCAGUCUGUACAUGCCGCUGUCCACUGCCUACCCCAUGCGGCCGGCGCGCGUGUCCCCCCGCGCCUCGUCCCGCUCCGCCCCCGCCACGCCCUGCGGCUCGCUCGUGCCCAACCUCCUCGCCCUCUCCAUCUCCCGCCACAGCUCCCGCGCCUCGCGUCUGCAGGAGGAAAACGACCCCCUGCUCGAUGACGAGCCCUACCGCCCGCGCCGGUCACACAAGUUUUAAACCUAACCACCCGGAUUGAAGUAUUGUAUUGCAAUGUAUUUAUGCAAGGUAUUUUAUCCACUCGUUAAUGUAAUAGUCAUAGGUUCGAGUCUUGGCCUAAUAGCAGAAACCCCUCAAGUUACAAAACCCAAGGUUAUUUCACCUCUAAGUGUUGUGAAUGUUUUUACCCGCUCAUUCUGUUUAAGGGCAACUAAGCCGGUAGGUAGUGGUAGUUAGUCUAAAUGUUAUUUAAAAAUUAUUGCAUUUAAAUAAAGAGCUUGUUGGACCAUUGUUCACAUGCCUUCUUAUAUUAUGAACAAAUAAAAAUGUUUCAGAUGUG